CAUACGCAUAGAUUGGAUGGGAUGCUUGGUUCGGAACCAAACCCCCACCUCCUCCAGGCAACGGCAGCACCCGGCUUGCGAUUGGAUUAAUGGUAACCACGGGAUGGAUCAUUGGGACUUGUACACUAGAGGAAUCAGUCAGCCAGUCGAGGAUUCAAUUGUAUGUAGAACAAACAAUGAAGAGUCACAACCACAAACCUUGACUGCAGUGAACAUAGAACAUGUAUGUUAUUUACGCAACUCUUCGGUACCCCACCAUGACAUGACGAUCCAUCCAUCUGCUGUCUGUGCCUUGCAUCCUCCUUGGCACCUCCGCUCCCUUCUGAUUUGUCCAACGGGGGGGGCCUUUGCUCUUCUUUGCUUUUUCUGCCCAUGUCGAUGCAAACAAGACGUCGUUGCAGGUUCCUCUCCAUUCCUCCUUCUCUCUCCUUUUCCCUCCAGUACGAGUCACCACUGCGUCGGUUUUAUGAUGAAUUAUAAGACCCCAAUCUCGCCAUCAGCACAUGACGCCCCAGCUCCCGCGCAUUCUCAUUCCAUGAGUCUCGGAACAGGACACAACCCCGCUCUCCGCCGCAUUCACAUUAGCUAA